GAUUGUGAGGCGGCGCUUGGUAGGGAGGCGGGGAGGAACCACCCAACCGAAUUGACGUCACCGGACCAAAACGAAGCUAAGGAGAAAGAACAGCUCGAACCCUGGAAGGCGGGAAGCCCAUGAGGUCACUACUGGAAAAUGUGUGGCCGCACAGCAGUUUGUCUUGGAGCAGAUGGCAUCCGUCGGGCCUGCGCAUACCAGGAUAAGCAGGGGAGGACAAGAUACCCUGAUUGGAAAAAUGCUGACAAAUAUAGUCCAUCCUACAAUAAGUGUCCACAGUCUAACAAUCCUGUGCUUCUCUCCCAACAACACUUUGAGAAGGAUUCUAGUUCUUCUGAGCGUGUCCUUGUAGCCAUGCGUUGGGGACUUAUUCCAGCCUGGUUCAAGGAAGAUGACCCAUCUAAAAUGCAGUAUAACACUUCAAAUUGUCGCAGUGACACCAUGAUGGAGAAACUCUCGUACAAGGGGCCUCUGCUCAAAGGCAAGCGCUGUGUGGUGCUGGCUGAUGGCUACUAUGAAUGGCAGCAGCGCAAUGGACAGAAGCAACCCUAUUUCAUUUACUUCCCCCAGAUUGUGCAAGAAAAGAUCAGGGAACCAGAUAUAGAAGAUGAAGAUCCAGAUGGUCAAAGGUUACUCACCAUGGCUGGUGUUUUUGAUUGUUGGGAACCUCCUAAUGGAGGGGAAGCAUUGUACAGCUACACCAUCAUCACAGUAGAAGCUUCUAAGAGUGUAAACUCCAUCCAUCACAGGAUGCCAGCUAUUCUGGAUGGGGAUGAGGCUAUUGGAAAAUGGUUGGACUUUGCAGAAAUACCCACACAGGAAGCACUUAAAUUUAUUCAACCCAUAGAGAAUCUUGCCUUCCACCCAGUCUCGACUGUAGUGAACAACUCUCGAAACAAUACACCAGAAUGCAUUGCACCCAUUCAGCUGGACCUCAAGAAGGAGACCAAAAUCAGUGCAAGCAGCAAAAUGAUGAUGAACUGGUUAACAAGCAGACCUAAGAAAGAGGAAGGUGAUGGCUUACCAGGGUGGUCCAGCCAGUUCAUCCAAGCAGCAGCAUCCAGGAAAACCAGUAUAAAUGUAAUGAACCAGGGGAUGGGAAAGGAAGAGGGGGAACCUUCUGCAAAGCAGUACAAAAAUCAGUAAUUUGUGGACCCUUGGACUUCAUGCCAAGAUAACAGGCUCACCCAACAAAUGAGUUCUGACACUUGUGCUUGCUGCCCAGAAUAUUUAAAUAUGGUUGUUUCUACUAAUUUGAAGUGUGGCGUGGGUGUUCCUGAUGGUUUACUGAUGCCUAGCUGUUGAGACUUAACAUGUAAUACUUUGUCUCCAGUGGAAGUUGGGAUGUGGAUUUUACUUGGAAUAGUGCGCUUGAGUUGGAGAUUCUGUUGCAAAAUGAUAAGUAACUGUUAUCUAGGCGUGUUCUUAAAUGAGUUCAAGUGUUACAAUCUCUGAGAAGCUAUUUUGCAUUCUGUAAUGUUUUCUUAUUUUUUCUAAGGAUCAACUAUAUUGGUGGGGAAACCACCCCAUUAAGGUGUAAUUACAGCAGCUGUUGUAUUAUCACAUUUUGACAUUUUCAAUUUAAGAUCAGUGGUAAAAAUCUUCACGUCAACAUGAUGGAAAGAAAGCUUUGUCCUACUUUAUGUCCACAGAGCAUUCUCAAUAUUAACCUCAUAGGAAGAAAUACCUAAUAUUCCUCUGUGGUUUUAGUUUUAGCAUAGCAUUUUCUGAAGGAGCAAAGGGCAAAGUUAAUGACAUCAGAAAUCUGCUAUAUAGUUGCCUUGUCAAAGGAGACACUUAAGCAGAAUGAAAAACAUUUACAAUUUUAAAUUCUGCAAUAAAGACAGUUACUGUAUUUUGCAGAAUGGGAGCUUUCUCUGGUUUGGGGAAAAUGUUUUCCUUCUGAGGUUAGUGUUGUUCAAGAAUGACAAUGUAAAUUUGGGCUUUGUUCUAAGUAUUUUUAAUAAGAUUAUGUAACAUUUAUCAAAGAUGACAGUUUGAGCAAAGAAUUUGGUCAAACAUGGAACUUCUGGAGAGCCCUAGUUACUUGACUUUUCAACAAUGGUUACAAGAAAUAUAGUCUUUAGCUGCCCUGUUACGCAAUAUCAUUAUCACACAGUUCUAGUUGUUUAUUAAAACAAAAGCCUAAAA